UUAAUGAGUUUGGACACCGGGGACUGACAUCCAUGAACCUCUCCCGUCUCUGAAGCACAUCCACCGUGAACUCCGCGAAGUCAGCUCACUGUCCACCCGGUGAUCCUGAAGGAAGUGGUGACCCCGCCCAACUGACACCCUGCUAGUCCUGGCCACCGCCCCAAUUCUGCCCCCACCCCACCCCCUGUCCUGACUGGCUCUCGGUGCUGCCGGCGGUGGAUUAGAGCACUCUGAUUGGAGGCUUUGCGAGGUGGUUUUUCGGUCUGGCGCCGCCUCCCCCCGGGGCCGGCGUGCGCUCCCAGCAGCCCGUGGUGCCCUGUGCCCCCCCCUCCCCGUCACUGCACACCAGAGCCCAUGCCCAGGGAGGAGGCGCAGUGCGUUCGCCAGGAGCCAUGUGCCUCCCUCACACCAACAACAUGGACAACAAGCUACAGGGGGCGGGGCAGGGGGGAGGGGCUUCACUACGUCAACGAGGAGGAGGUGUUCCACUGGAGCCCUUCGUACACCAGGUGGGGGGUCACACCAGUAUGAUGCGUUACGAUGACCACACAGUGUGUAAGCCUCUGAUCAGCAGAGAGCAGCGCUUCUACGAGUCUCUGCCUCCAGAGAUGAAGGAGUUCACUCCGGAGUAUAAAGGUGUGGUGCUGGUUUGUUUCGAAGGGGACUCUGACGGCUACAUCAACCUGGUGGCCUACCCCUACGUGGAGAGCCACAUGGAGGCCGGGAUCGCAGAGCACGAGGAGCGUGACCCCCCCGAGAGGGAGCAGCCGAGGAGGAAACACUCCCGCCGCAGCCUCCAUCGCUCCUCCUCUUCCUCUGACCACAAGGAGGAGCGGCCCGACAGGAGGGAGCCGCACGACACAGACACCUCUGACAAUCUCGGAGAGCUGAAGAGUCCCAGGCUGGACCCAAAGAUCCACUCGGACGUUCCCUUCCAGAUGUUGGACUGGAACAGCGGGUUGACAUCAGAGAAGAUCAGCCACAACCCGUGGAGCCUCCGCUGUCACAAACAGCAGCUCAGCCGCAUGAGAUCUGAGUCCAAGGACCGCAAACUCUUCAAGUUCCUGUUGUUGGAGAACGUGGUUCACCACUUCUCCUACCCCUGCAUCCUGGACCUGAAGAUGGGGACCAGGCAGCACGGAGACGACGCCUCCGAGGAGAAGGCGGCCAGGCAGAUGAAGAAAUGUGAACAGAGCACUUCAGCGACGCUGGGAGUCAGAGUGUGUGGCAUGCAGGUGUACCAGCUGAACACCGGUCACUACCUCUGCAGGAACAAGUACUACGGCCGCGGCCUGUCGAUCGAAGGCUUCCGCCAGGCCCUCUACCAGUACAUGCACAAUGGGAAGGGCCUGAGGCAGGACCUCUUUGAGCCGAUCCUGAAUAAGCUUCGCAGCCUGAAGGCGGUGCUGGAGAGGCAGGCGUCCUACCGCUUCUACUCCUCUUCACUGCUCAUCAUCUAUGAGGGAAAGGAACCUGAGGGCCCCUCAGGCCUCAGCUCUGGGCAGCACGCGGCCUGGCACCAGAAGACUCCCGCGGCCCCUGCAGAGUCCCACUGUGGCCCCGGGCCCCACGCUCCUCCGGCCCCCGACACUCCCUCUGAAACGGACAUGAGCCAGAACCCAGACCCAGGGACACUGUCCUCUCAGGGACCUGGACUAAUGGCUCCGCCCUCCCCCUCUCCUCAUCCCCCUCCACAGGCCCCACCCACCAAGUCAGACUGCCGCUCCUUCCUCCCCCCUCCCCCCUCGCCUCACCCCCAUCCAGACUCCUCCUCCCCCUCUUCUCCCAGUUUAAUUUCCUUCCCCCCUCCUCCAGCCCCCCCACCCAAGCAGCCCCCCCUGGUGGACGUUCGUAUGAUCGACUUUGCCCACUCCACCUUUAAGGGUUUCCGUGGCGACACAGCGGUGCACGACGGGCCGGACCGGGGCUACGUGUUCGGACUGGAGAGCCUGGUCCAGAUCCUGGAGAGCCUGCGGGACGACAACCUGCCGUAGCUCCAAACACACAAACACACAAACACACACACACACACACACACACACACACACACAAGCACAGCUUGUUGUGAGUUAGUUUAGGUCGUGUUGCCGAGACGCCUCGACUGUAAAUAUGGAACAGGGUUCUCCAGGACGUCACCAUGGAAACAUGGCCAUUCUACAGUCGAGUAGUUACUAUAGCAACAGGCAGGAGGUGGGACAGUGGAGCUGAAAUGGAAAACCUCUGCACAACACACACACUGGUUGUACGUCUAUACUUGUGAGGACCCUCGGUGACAUAAUGCAGUCCCCGGCCUCUAACCAUCAGAACUAACUGCCCAACCUCAGUACUAACCUCAGACUGAACCUGAGCUCGAUUCUGACCUUGUGGUCCCACUCCUCCCGAAAAUAUGUCUUCAGCCCCAUUCAGACAGGAUUAACGUGGCAGGAGGAGGCUGUGCUCCUCUGUAAUCGAACUCAUCGUUGUGGAAGUCAUUUUAAUUAUCACAAACUGACAGGAUACAGUUGUAAUUGACAGGGAGGGAGGAUUGUGCAGGAUAAGCCUGAAGAAAAAUACCAGUACCUACCUGACUGCCUCUCCAGGAGCUGGUUGCACUAGUUGUUAAUUCUUUCAAACUUAACCUCGUUCUAACUGAAAUCUUCCGUAAGGGGAGUUUUGCACAUGAAUACAUUAAAAACAGGCUGCUCUUAGUUCUCAAGAAGAGAUCGGUUGUUUCUAAUUAUUUACAGUGACCGCUAGGUGUAAGGGUUGUGUAGCUAAAGGAAGCAACCGACAAAACAAACGUUACUGACGCUAAUAUCUGAUGUAUUUAUAGUGGAGAGUAGAAGAGAUAAUAUUGAAUACAGUUGACAUAUCUGACAUUGAAGAUUUACAUUUACAGCUUCCAUUCAUUCAUCCAUCUAGAGGGGGGGGGGGUUAAAAUCACCCCACCUCUCCUAGAGAAAUAAAUCCAGUCUGAAUCAGGCUUUACUUACUUCCUGUUCUUCACUUGAAUGUUUCACUGUGCAGAAUGAUGUUUGAGUUUUACACACUAUUUUCACAUUCAUUUAGAGGAAAGUUUCUCUGUGUUCAGUUUUAAUCUGAGUUUAACACGUGUGCGCAGGAACAUGAUUUUGUAACAUCACAACUAGUUUGAAAGUCAGUCAUGGUCCAAUGUGUAACUGAAACUAGUGCGAUGUGGAAACCUGAAGCCUCCAGCUCACAAACACUGAGAAUGGACUUUUCAGUGAAGUAGGAGGCAUCUUGUGUACAGCAGUUAAACUUUUGUAAUGAAAAAUAUUUGCAUAUUCACAGAUUAUUGAUUUUUUUCAAUGAGGGAGAAAAUCAUUUAAAAAAUUUUAACUUCCGUUUUUUGUAGAAAAACCAAACCAGACACGGCGUGAGUGUUUUUAUGCGUCUUAAAACGUGUCUCUAGGGGAUCAUUAAAUUUUCCUCUUCAGCAGAUGAAUGUGAAAGAAGCCGUCUAGUGUCCAACUCUGCACAUACAUCAUUCUGCACAGUGAAGGUCAAACAAAUUGGUCCUCACAAAGAUAGACAGACAACAGCACACACACACACACACACAUCCUGGGAACAGUUGUCUGUGGAACAAAGCGUCCUCUCUGGACGACCAAUCAGCUGAAUCCCAGGGACCGCCCACUGAAGUUGGCCCACACUCACAUUACUCACCCUCCGACUCCCCCCUUCGCCCCCGAUCCCCCACACGCCACUCCUCCUCACUCCCCUUUCUCUACAGAAACCAAACCUGGACAGGAGAACAGACUCUGUCAGCGUUACCUUGAAAACGCACUCAGAAACACAUCCAAGCAUCUGUGAAAGCAAUAGAUGGAGAUGAUAGACGGCGACUUUUUUCUUCGGCAGUGCAGAGGGCAGCGUCGCCCACAGAGAGAACAAUAAUAAAGUGCAACAGAAAUUUGCAUCAUAGACGUAGGCUUUAAGGAGAGAAUAUAGGUCAUUUUUAAAAAAAAAAAAAAGCUAUAUGUCCGUUUUUGGGGCUUAAUUCAAAAACGUUAGUAGUUGGUGUCCUGUAAAAAUCAUCCUCUGUGUAAUAUUGGAAGUGUCAGUUUCCCAAAUCUGGUCUAGUGAUAUUCUGUAUUUUUCAUCUUGUCAACAAAUCCCAGAUAAACACCAAAAGCAACAAUGAAUCCAUCUGAACAGCGGGUAUAGUGAGUGUGUGUGAGUGUGAGUGUAUAAAAGCCUGACACUGAUACGUCUUAUUCCUUUGUGCCAUAGAGCUCCAUCAGUGAGACACACUGUUGCACUGGAUCACGUGUUCCUUCGUUACUAUGAACACACACACUCUAGUUAGUUUUGACUCAGUCCCACACACACUGUCCUGCUGCUGGAGAUACUCUUCAGAGCACCAAAUGUGGAUUCAUCCGCCGUGGAAAAUAGUCCCCAACAAAUGCACUAUUUCCUCAUGUUUGAGCAAUGUUUGCUGACAACGAUGGUGAGCAGUUGCUUUGGGAAAUUACUCAGUAUUUUAAAAAAAAAUAUGAAACAAUAUCUGUGAAAUUCUUUUGACAUAUAUGAUUAUUUUGGGGGUAUUUUAUCCCUUUAUUUGAUAGCUGAUUGGACAUUGCGGUUCAUGGUGGACACUUUAACCCCUGAGCUCCCCUGAAAGUUCACACUUGACCUUGGAAUCGGCAGCUUGUCCGCAGUCACCAAAAACGUCUCAAAACGUCCAUUUAGCAGCUGUUCCUGAGCUUUCACUCUGCCUCAGCUGCUGGCGUUGCUCAGUUGUCAUAGGAUUGUAGAUGUUCAAGUUUCCAUUUUUUUUAAACACUUUGAAGACUUUUUGACUUUUAAAGAUCCAAAGCUCCAGAUUAGCUGCUAAUAUGACUUUAUGGUAAUUUUCUUUUUCUUCAACUUGCUGUUUCCAAUGUCAAGAAUGAAUUUUCAAUCUCAAUUUUUAAGCCAAGAUACAAGACGUCCUGAAAGGGCUCAGAAAAAUGGAAAUAAUGGAUCAUGUGAUAUAAUCAAAAUCUCCAGAAACAGCUACUUCAUAGACUUUGUGCUGCGAUUGUUUUGUCAACAGUAUAUUUGUGUAUAAUUGGUUCACACAGGGUAGAGAAGGUUUUAGAGAUGAUCUAACGUUGUUGGUUUUGGUCUUUUCAUGGGAUUUGUUGACAGAAACAAAAGUAUAGAGUAGUACCAGCCUUAUUCUUUACAUUGGGGCUGGGUGAUAUGGUUGGAUAACAGAAAUUUGACAAAUAAUAAUUAAGUAUCACCCAGCCCUACCUCAAAUGUGUCAAAACAAUAUAUAUAUAUAAAUAUAUAUAUAUAAUACAAAUCAUUAUCCUGUAAGUGUCAGCAGAAUCGGCCGUGGUGUCUGUACUGAGGAUGUCACCGUUUUAUCUCAUCUGGUCGGACCGAUUAGACAGUGUCAGCCAAUCACAGUUCAAGGAGCUCCGGAGGCCGGCCGUGACGCUGCACCGCCCCCUGCUGGACAACAACAGGAACUCUACCCCAGGAAUAAGAGAGCAAAUAUGAAUAUUUUAUUUUUGGUUUAUCGAGGUGAUAAUUUAUUUUUUUAUUGUACCUUUACCCACAUGUGCGGGUAAAUGUUUUGUCUUUUACAUGUCUCUUCCCCCUAAAUGUAUAAAAUGUAAAGAAAUUAAGUGCAUCAGAGACACAGUGUGUGAAAUGUCAGGAUUAUAAGCAGUAUUAUUUGAGCUAACUCAAGUCUGUUUUAUUUGCUGCUGACUCGGCUCCAGUCUGAUCCUGACCGGGUAUCGACAGCAGUGAAUCCAGACUUGAGUCAGCUCACUGAGCCCAACACCUCUGCCUGCUGUGGAGUUGUCGCUCUGGUGGGAAGCUCUUCUGAACGUGUGUGUGUGUUAGAGCAGAUGUAGACGCCAUCUUUAGUCUUUGGUUUGUUUCACUUCCACAUUUAAGGAGUUGGUAAAGAACUGCAUGCACGUUCACGUCCUCCUGUUUGAGUCAGUUUGCAGCACAGCGUCAAACAGUCUUGUUACAGUCCUCACAGAGUCUAAAGCAGCGACGGUCCACGUGUCCUCUCAGAUCGUGAUAUUUAUUCAUGGAUAUUAGCCUCAAUGAUUGAUCAGAGUUAUUUAGCAGCAUUUUCUGCAUCUGACAUCAUCCUGACUGUUUGUUAGAACAGUGAAAGUAAGUGAGAUUAAAUCUUUCCAGAAGCUUUUGGGCUCGUGUUGUAAUUCCUGACCAGCAGGUGAAGACCCCCGACAUCAAAGUCCCUGAAAUCAUCAUAUAAACAGAACUUGAGCAUUAGUGGCUGCAGAGAUCUGCUCACAUCAUUCAGUACCAACAGUGUUCAGGGUGAUCCGUGAGGGAAAACUCUUUACAGGAAGUGAGGAGCUGCAGCAACUGAACCAGGACCUUAAAGUCACAGCCCUCUUUGUAUUUUCAUCACGUCCAAAGAACCUUGAGAAAAAUGAGACUGAUAAUGAAUUAUACACAUUUCCCUUCAGGUUUGUUUGUUACACUGCAAAAAAAAA